AUGUUUCUCCUUGGUCUUCCUCUUGAAGUUCUUCUUUGCAUAGCAGACAGUCUGAACAAAGCCAAGGAUUUACUUGCACUGGCGUGCCUCAAUCGAGCAACCAACGCUCUUUUCCUUCCCUACCUGUGCAAUUUCAACGUGCGCCGACAACGCAGCUCUGCCUUACUUUGGGGUGUUGUCCGAGGCGAUCCAAAAUUUGUAGGAAAGAUGUUGGGCAAUUACCAAGCGGACGCCAACACUACAGAUGAAAAAUCUCGCACACCCAUCUUUCAUGCGAUUCGCGCUGAGAACGAGACGAUUAUUCACAUGCUCCUCUCCGAUAAGAGAGCGGAUAUCAAUUGGCAAGAUCAAUACAAGCAGACUCCACUGGUAUACGCCAUGAGCAGGAAUCUUUUGUCUGCCGCCUCACUUCUACUGGAUUUCAAGCCAUGUCUGGAUAAAAAGGAUGGCAAGCAGCGGUCUGCUGUCUGGUAUGCCAUUGCACAUUGCGAUGAGAAUCUGGUGCAAGUCCUUCUGAAAAAGGGUAGCGAUAUACGAACGCCAGACUACAAACGAAUUUCACCAAUUAGCCUUGCUAUUGCCAACAAAAGCGUGAAUAUUACCCGAAUGUUACUCCUCCAUUCAGCGCCUAGCUCAGGGAAGUCCUUACUGCAGGAUGGCAAUCUCAGGGACCGUCUGCUCCACCGAGCUGUACAGGCGGGCCUCCAAGAUAUCGUCUCGCUACUGGUUGCCAAUGGUGCAAAUCCCAAUUCGAGGAAUAGGCACGGCCAAAACCUGUUGCAUCAAGCCACAGAAAAAGGUUACAAAGAGGUAGUUCGAGAGUUACUUACUUAUAAAAAGACCUGCGUCAACGCGAGAGACAGUUACGGUCGCACCGCCUUCCACAUCGCAGCAGAAUAUGGCCACAAGUCAAUUACAAGGCUUCUGUUGAGUUCUAGUGAUGUGGAUAUCAACACCCUAGAUGUUAAUGGAGCAACAGCACUCUGUUUAGCUGUGCAGGCAAAACAUACGGCCUUAGCCUUGCAGAUUCUUGCAGAAGACCACGUAAAUAUCAACGUGGCAGGCCAAAAUGGCAGGACAGUUCUUCAUUAUGCGGAUCUAGAUCCUAAUAUUCGUGAUGACGAUGAAUGGGCGCCUCUCACCUACGCUGCUUCCAAUGGUGAUUUACGCAUGUUGGAGCUAUUUCUCGCAAGGAGAGAUAUACAAGUGAACGUGCAACAGGCCCCUCCCCUUUUCCAUGCCGCCAAAAAAGGCCAUCUGGAAGUUGUACGUCGAUUACUUUGUUUUGAUACCAUCGAUGUCAAUCAACAAUUUUGGAACACCUCGCCUCUCUGUAUUGCCUCCGAGAUGGGCCACCUUGAAGUUACAAGGCUACUCCUUGAACAUACAACGCCACCCGACAUCAAUCUCAAAACUUACAUGGGAGACACUGCGCUUUCCUUGGCCGCUUACCAUGGACACUUGGCUAUUAUAGAUCUCUUGCUUGCAGAAAAAGAACUGGAUGUUACUGCUACUGAUAGAUUUGGGGAGACGGCAUUGUGCAAAGCAGCUCGGAAUGGACAUGAACAGGUCGUCAAGCGUCUUUACAAGGACCCUCGGGCAAAAGAUGGCAGUGACGUGAGAGGCGCCAUUGAAGCAGCUUCCAAUUGUAGAAUCGCACUUUACCUUGAAGGUCACUUGAAUGAGGAGGGCAACUUUCGCACUUGGCCUUGA